AUGUCAAUAUCUUCAUGGUUUAAAUGGAACGAGCCCUAUCACAGAUUCCCGCAGAGGAACCCUACAGAGAUGGUCAUGGAGACCCUCAUGAUGGAGCUUAGCUGGCAAAUAAAACAAGCUGAGAAGAUGCAAAGGGAGCGAGAGGAUGAGUAUAGAAGAAUAAAAACAGGUGUGGACUACAGUUGGCUGGUCAGCCAUCCUCAACACAGCUAUGAUUUGACUCCUGGGGAGAGACUAGAGUUUGAAGAAGCAUGUUCCAAAAUCCACCCUUCUUAUUGUGGACCAGUGGUACUUAGAUUUCGGCAAUUGAUUGAGAAUUAUGAACCAGAGGUGCAGGAGGUGGUGCAGUUAUUCCGAUUCGUUCUUCAGGAUGCCAUAGGGAGAAUGAAGGAAGAUCAAGAAACAAGGAACCUGACUAGGCAAUGGAGCAAGAAGCGGACAGUGAGCAUGAUGGCGUUUAAAUCUCGAGUAAGGAUCUAUCCCUUCAGCAGUAAUAUUAAGACAGUUUCAGAGGAUGUGGAGCAAAGCUUCAUAUCAGCCAGACGAGUGUGGAGCAUGCCAGAGUUCAAGACCAUUAAAGACUUCUAA